AUGUCCAGGAAAAAUUUUCAAAAAUUUCUAUUAAUUUUCUUAAUAUUAAAUUUAUUAAUAAAUGGAAUAAAUGCUGCAUGUGCAAUAUGUGGUUUACGUGGUCAUAAUCGAAGAACAUGUCCUAAUCAAUUCGGUGCGAUGAUACCCUAUAGAAAUUCUGUUAAUAAUCUUGCAGGUGCGAUGAUACCAUAUGCUCAAAAUAAUGCUUUGAUACCUCAAAGAGGAAUGGUAUUGUCCAAUAAUAAAUUUAAUAUUAUGGAUAAUUGGAAAGUUCCUUGGGUAACACAUAUGGUAGUUAGAACACGUCCUGCAUUAGGAAGAGCUUGUGGAAGAUGUGGUGCUUUAGGUCAUACUUCUAGACGAUGUCCUCAUAGAGCACCAAGAGUUGUUGCAAAUGUAGAUAGAAUAAGAAAAUCUGUAAAAAAAUAUUUUGAAAACCCUACAUUAAAACUUAGUGUUUGUAGUUGUUGUGGUGUUAUUGGUCAUAGUCAACGACAUUGUCAAGUAUAUAAUGCUGGUGGAGCUGGUGUAGGUGCUGCUAAUUGUAUUGCUGCUGCACAAUUAAAUACAAUUAAAGAAGGUUAUGUUCCAGUUUCACAAUAUGUUCCACAACCUUAUUUUUUUAUUAAUAAUGUUCCUAAAACACCAAGAAUACCAAGAAGACCUAGAAUACCAAAUUAUAUUGCUGCGUGUGGUUGUUGCGGUCAGGAAAAUCAUAAUCAUAAUGAUCCACGAUGCCCAUUUCAAAAUGGUAGAAUUAGACCUUGUUUGGAUCCUCGUUUAAUAAGAUCAUCGAGAGAAUUGAGAUUAUGGCAUGCUGAAAAUAACAUACCUCCUAAUAAUGGUAUUGGUGCACCACCUCCUAUACCUCCUAGACCUCCAUUAGGACCACCUCCUUUACCACCAAGACCUCCAAAUAAUAACGGUGGAAAUAAUGGAAAUAAUGAUGGAAAUGGAAAUAUUAUACCCAUUCAAAAUUUGCAAAAUCAAUUUCAAAAUUUGCAGAAUCAACUUCAAACACGUGACAAUAAUCUAUUUAAUUUAUUAAUUAGACAAUCAAAUCGAAUAAACCAAAAUAUACAAAAUCAAAAUGCUAAAACAAAUGAAUAUAUAUUUAAUCGUUUUAAUAAUUUAAAUCAAAGAAUGAUUAAUAUAGCUAGUAGAUUUGAUAAUCAUAAACAAAACCUUAAUAAUGGUAUUAAUCGUAUUAAGGUUAAUAUUGAUGGUAUAAAUAAUAGAUUUAAUAAUUUAGAACAAAAUAUGAAUAAUAAUUUUAAUAAUAUUGGUAAACAAAUUGAUACAAGAUUAACAAAUUUCAACCAAAGAUUUGAUAGAAAUGAAAAUAAUAUUAAUAAUAGAUUAAAUGAAAUACGUCAAACUACAAAUAAUGGAUUUAAUGAUUUAGGAACACAGAUUGAACAAAUAGGUCAAAUAACAAAUGAACGAUUAGAAAAUAUUCAUAAUUCAAAUCAAAAUAUUGGUAAAUCUAUUAAUGCUUUAGAACAAAGACUUAACAAUUUAAAUCUUGGUAUUAGAACUAAUAUUCAAAAUUUCAUAACUGAACAACUCAAUGCUCAUCAAAGAGAAAUGAUACAAAGAUUUAUUGGAUCUCAUCAACCUAAAAGAAUAUCAAUCAAUCAUAGAAGAGCUAUAAAUUUUAGAUCACAAAGAAGGCCUGUUAGACAAAUAACAACAGGAAAUAUAAUGGGUGGUUUGCAAAUACAUUCCCAAUCUGGAAGUUCUUUAGGUGAAGCUCAAUAUAAUCCAGAGAGUAGUGGUAGUAUAACAUACAGAACCGAAAAAAGUUUAGGUAAAUGCACAGCUCCUGGUAUAGAUGAAACAAUAGAAAGAACACAAGGAAUUACAAGAAAUACUUACACUGCAGAAUCAAAUAGAAGAAUACAAGAAAGACAAGAAGAAGGAUCAAGGAAUGUACGAAUAAGAACUGUUUCACCAAUUAAUGAAGAAACAUCAAUUAAAAUGAAUAUUACACCAAGUGGAUCUAGAUCUUCAUCUUUUCUUAAUUUACCAAACUUUUUCAAAAGAGAAUAA